GGCUGGCUACCUGCCCCAGAACGUGCCCCUCCAGAUCAUCUGCUACCUACCCCAGGAGAGAGAGUUCCUCCCCUGGCACGCUGCCAGCCGCUCCCUCUACCAGCUGGACAAGCUGCUGGACCGCACAGAGGACUACAGCCUCUUCAGUGACUUUGUGCUGAAGCAAGUGGCCUCAAAGUACCACAAGAUGGGCUGGCCCUUGGCUCUGACAGAAGGCUCCAUCAUACAGGCCUCCUACCAGACUGAAGAGCUGCAGAGAGAGGUGAUCAUGCUGGCAUGUAGUUUCGGGAACAAACACUGUCACCGCCAAGCAGUGUCGCUCAUCUCUGAUUGGAUCUCCAGCAACAAGAACAGGAUCCCUCCCAACGUGCGUGACAUAGUGUACUGUACAGGCGUGUCUCUGAUGGAUGAGGACGUGUGGGAGUUCAUCUGGAUGAAGUUCCACUCCACAACAGCCAUCUCAGAGAAGAAGGUUCUCCUGGAGGCUCUCACCUGCAGCGACAAUGGCUUCCUGCUCAACCGGCUGCUGAAUCUUUCUCUGAGCUCAGAUUUGGUCCCAGAUCAAGAUGUCAUCGAUGUCAUCAUCCACGUGGGAAGGAACCCGCAUGGAAGACACUUAGCCUGGAGGUACUUCAGGGAGAAGUGGGACAUCUUGAAUUCCCGGUACGGAGAGGCCUUAUUCAUGACCUCUAAGCUAAUCAGUGGGGUGACUGAAUUCCUGAACACAGAGACGGAGCUGAAUGAGCUCUACGGCCUGACUGUGUCUAUUGUGACUGCUGACAGCUCUAUGGCCUGA